UACACGACAGAACCGAUACGCAAUACAUAAUCUAGCACAUUCUCUUCUCUCCUGUUCUCUCUCAAUAUUGCUUGACUCAUCAUCGUGUUUAGCAAGAGAACCAAACUAAAAUCAGAUGGACGUCUCAGCAGAUCGAACACCUUUUAAGCGUCACUCGUCGCUUUCAACGCUUGUGGCUCACUUCUUUGGCAUAUUAGCCGUUGUUCUAAUGCUCAUAUGGCUUCUCCAUUACCGCGAAGGCAUCGAGUAUGGCUCGGACAAUCCCCUUAAGAUUUUAAAUGUGCACCCAUUUCUCAUGUACUGUGGAUUUCUCUUCCUCGUCGGCCAAGCGAUGAUGACGUACAAAACGGCAUAUGCCUCGCACCAAGUACAGAAAAUGGUUCACGGUGGGCUUCACUUAAUAGGAUUAGUUCUAGGUAUUGUCGGAAUCUCCGCUGCCUUUAGAUUCCACGACAAACUAAACCUUAAAGACAUGGUAUCUCUUCACUCCUGGAUCGGCCUCACCACUUUCAUCCUCCUCGGCCUCCAGUGGCUACUUGGUGCAUUCACAUUCCUUGCGCCACAAUCUUCAUCAGGGGCAAGAGCAAGGAUGAUGCCGUGGCACGUCUUAGGUGGUCGGGCUCUAUUUUAUAUGGGUAUCGUCGCAGCACUUACCGGACUCAUGCAGAGAGCCACGAUGCUUGGUCAGAGCACAAACGCUGAGUCACGUCUCAUUAACUUCACCGGCUUAGCCAUUCUUCUCUUUGGCGUUUCUGUCGACUUCUCCGUCGCUCUUGGCCGUUAUGGUUGACGGAUUCCUAUAUUAGCCUACCGUUAAAUUGAUUUUUAUGCAUUGUAUCAUUGAAUGAGUUCUUGUUUGAUUGUUUGUUUUGGUGUGUAAAUGUGAUUGGGAGAUAUCUAAUUGGCCCCUGAGAGUGUGAUUGUUUUGAUAUUUUGAUUCUAAAUUUUACUUUUGUAUGUUUUUUGCUUUGUUGUUAUUUCAUCUUUGAUGCUUACUAAAAGUCAUUAUUUGCAUAUUUUAA